AUGCAGCAGUACAGGACUGUUCGGCCGAUGCCUAUCAGUUCCAACGCUACCGUUGGUACAGUAGACUGUUUGUCUACAGUAAAGUAUACCAACAGUAUACCCUGCGGCGACGACAGUGACACAAACACUGUCACUGUCGACGCCGCAGGGUCUACUGUACAGAUCAGUGCAUGCAGUACACGUGUGCACGUGUCGAGCUCUAAUGGGCUUCUCAUUUCACUCGCGGCAUCGGUGCCGCGAGUUACAGAACAACUCCUCAUUCUCCCACACCUCAACACGCCUGUCCUGCCACACUGCUCCCUUUGCCCCGCCCUUGUUUUCGUUCCCGCCGAGGCCACGAGAGUUCUACUCACCACGCCCUCCCGUUCCGAUUUCCAAAAUCUUGACCACCCUUGCUUCCGUUUGUCUAGCUUCAUGCACUAA